CGGUUUCAUACAUUAGUGAAAUAUGGUAUGGCGCGUGGUGUUCCUGGCGGUGGCUGCUGCGGGCGUCGCUGCAUCCAACCCUGCAUUGGACCUGCUGUGGUGCAAUGCUACGACCCGCAAGCAAGUCAAGAAUGUGCCGAAAGCCAGUCCGCUGCAAUUCUGCACUAGGAACCAAGACCAACGGUGUUGUCUGCCUAUCCAUGACACGCAGAUCUCGAGCACGUACUUUUCUCUUAUGGACACAGGUCGCAUUUGCAAGCAAGGCCAGAACAUGGCGUCCGAGUACCUCAAGUCUGUCUUCUGCGCCGCAUGCCGUCCAACGUCGAAUCAAUACUUGUCCGACGCCAUCGAUGUGGCCUACUUCUCGCAGCCAACGUUCAAAAUCUGUCGUGAUUUGGCGGUUGCGGCGGGGCCAAGUCGAUUCGCGGACUGCGGCUUUGUGUACGUCGGGGAUCGUCAAGACACAUGCAAACCUUCCAUUGCGGUUGCACCAAACGUCGUGUUUCCAGGAUGUACACAGGGCCAGCACAUUUGCUACGGCAACAACGGGCUGUACAGCUCGACGUGGUACUGCAGCAACAGUCCAUGUGGUGUUGACACUCCUGCUGGGUUCCGAGACGCGCCUUGCAGCGGGGACACCUGUACAGACUACUUCAUGUUCUUCAAUGACAACCGAGGCGGUAAGCCUAUAUUCUUCGAGGGGAGCGCCGCGGAAAUCGUUGAUCCGAGUCAAUGUCCACCCUCAAACCCCGCCUGCUGCCUUCCAAGCGACAUCCCGUUCAGUUCGGACGAAACCAUGUAACGAGCGAGAUCUUUGUCGAAAGGUCACUGGAAUAAUAAUAUUGUCUUUUUUAAUUCAAGCAAAA